UACUAUAAAAAGACGGAGAAUGAGAGUUUUCCUGGGAUAUUUUCUUUAUUUACUGCUGGCCCUAGGACCUUCGUUGGUUAAAAGUCAGGGUCACGUGCUGGAUAAACCCGUAACUGAGCUGUGUCUCAACUGUAUUUGUGAGGCAAUCAGCGGCUGCAAUGCCACAGCGAUAUGCACGAGUCCUGAGAAGGGCGCCUGUGGCAUUUUCCGCAUCACCUGGGCCUACUGGGUGGAUGCAGGAAAACUGACAGUGAAUGGCGAGGAUCCAGAUUCGGAAAAUGCCUUCCAGAACUGCGCCAAUGAUCCGCACUGUGCCGCCGACUUGGUGCAGAAUUAUAUGAAGAAGUUCAAUCAGGAUUGCAACGAGGAUGGCGAAAUGGAUUGCCAUGACUAUGCCCGAAUCCACAAAUCGGGGGCUUAUGGCUGUCACGCAGACUUGCCCUACAAAUACCAGAGUGUGUUCGAGGAGUGUAUUGAGAACUACCAGGAUCAGGGAUUUAAGUAAUGAAAUAUAGUUAUUUUUUUAUAGUGUUUGCCAUAUUUUAAAGUUUUUCAAAGUUG